AUUUUUUUUUUUUUUUACCUUCACUCAACUUCCCUAUAAGGUUGUUAAACUUUAUGAAAUGGGAAUUUUUGGACGGCUUUUUGGAGGAAAGUCGAAAAGCAGCGUCAAACGAACAGAGAAAGAUAUAAAACGACCGUUAACAACUAAAAAUGAAUCAUCGACGCAAAAUAUCUCGACAAUCCAAACAUCUCCAUCUUCAUCAUCAACAAAACAAUCAAAUUCACGCCUUAGUACUUCGCAACAAGUAACCGAUCCUGACAGUACAAUUGACACUGUUAAGUCCUCAAAGCUAGAAUCUUCGUCACAUUUACAGCAAUGUGGACCCGAAAACCAACUGCAGAUUUUGGAUCUCGACAAGGAGGACACAUCACAAUACCCAUUUUUGCUAGAUACUGCAGAUAAUAUGGUAGCAAAUUUUGAUGGUUUCAUCAAUACACACUCAAAGAGCAAUGACAUUCAUCUGCAUCUUAAAAACCUCUCUUAUUUGGAAGACCAUGUCUCGUAUUUCCAACAUACACAGUAUUCACAAAACGAAUUCCUCACUAUUUCUUCUAUCACAUCAGAAUCUGCUUCAUCCUAUGCCUCACUGAAGGAUAGCCUAUUCUCAAAUAUAUCCUUAUCCACCCAGUCAGACAUAUCAUUCCAAUGUUCAGAUAUUUCUAUUCCUAAAAUAGCAGUACGUACAGAACCGCAGCAGCAUACUCAUGCAGCCACCAUAGCUGACCAGCGAUCGCAUUUCUCAGUUGCCGAUACAAUCGACGACUCAGAAUAUUUACCCAUGAUAUUUGAAGAAGAAGAAGAGGCAGUCAAUAAAACCACUAUAAUAGAUUAUGAACGUCAUUUCUGUGAGCUCUAUAUUGAGGCUUUACGUUGGCUAUCUUCUUCACAACAGACAAAACAAAGCCCUGCCCAAGCGUUUCGUCAAUUUGAAUGGAUCGCUUACGAGGGAUCACGUCUUUUCGAACAGCUCAGUAAUCGUACAAAACAGUUAGUUUCAUUUGCACAGUAUCGAGUAGGUCGUAUGCUCUGUGAAUCAUCUGCCAGGAAUGGCGGGAUGGAGCAAGGUUUAGUGUAUCUGCUUGAAUCCUCCAAAAAUGGAAAUGCUCGUUCCACGUUCAUUCUAGGCUGCUAUGCUGAGCGCCGCGGUGACCUUGAUUAUGCAUGCUCACUUUAUUAUCAAGCUGCUAAGAUUGGAUUGCUCUCUGCUAAAGUAUCCUUCGGUGUAGCUGUACUCUUCAAAUUCAAAAACCAGCGAGAGCCUACUUAUUCUAUACAAGAUGCACUAUCAAUUUUGACAGAUGCUUCAAACCAGGGUCAUGCUAUUGCUUCUCUUUCUUUAGCACUGUAUUACGAAAAACAAAAUCAGUUAAGCAAUGCCAUCAAAUUUUGUAGAGAAUUCAACAAUGUAUCGCCGUCCAGUCCUAUUUAUACUAUUGCACAUUAUCAAAUCAGUAUUAUCUAUUUAAAAGCUGGUCCUCAAUAUGCUGAUGUUGCUUUUAACCAUAUGGCUAAAGCAGCAAAUCUCAAUAACGAUUCAGUAAUGAAUACUCGCUUCCCGCCUGCUUUGCGCAAAAUGGGUGCUUUUUUACUUAAAGGCGUAGGUACGACAAGGGACACAUCAGCUGCUUUCCAAUACAUCCAAGAAGCAGCCAAACUAGGCGAUGAACCAGCCAAUAUUAUUUUAGGGCAACUUUACCAAACAGGCAAUGGAUGUGCUCACGGUAUUGACUUAUCACGUGCAAUGCAGAUCUUCUCUAACUACCCAGAUAAUAUUGCGGCCAAGCUCUCGCGGGGAUUGCUGAUGAUGAAAGAAAACCCCCAUCAUGCGUAUCAAGAAUUUCAAAGUGUUCUUCAACAUGUAUGUACAGAAUUCGAUGAAGAGCAUUGGGAUGCUGCUUCCAUUCAAAAUGAAGCCAAGCUACGUAUCGCGAUUUGGGAGUACAAUGGGAUUGGUGGAACAGAGAAGAAUCCAAAAAGAGCAUUCCACACAUUAAAACAGCUUUCAGAAGAAGUGCAUUACUCUCCUGCCAAUUAUUGGUUGGCUUGGGCAUAUCUGGAGGGCGUCACAAUAGAUGAUGGUGAUGGUAACAGCAAUGCUACUGUGCUUGUGCCGAAAAAUAAAGAUUUGGCUUUCGCUUGCUUUUUAAAGGGAGCACAAGAAAAUCAAGCUGAUUGCCAAUAUCGUGUAGGGCUCAUGCUGAAGGAUGGUUAUGCUAAUGAGCAAUACAACAAGGCCAAUGCAUUUUCUUUCUUUUUGAAGGCUGCUUCCCAGAACUUUCCUUUGGCUCUUACUCAAGUAGGAGCGUAUUAUUUUAGCGGUGGUGUUGGCCCAGAACAUGGUCGUGAUUUAGAAAAAGCCUUCCACUAUUUUACAGCGGCAGCCAAACAUAAUGAGCCAUUAGCUAUACAAUAUCUGGCAGACUAUUUGAUAAAGAACAAUGCUUCCGGACCUAUAAAUCCUGAGCAUAUUUAUACGGAGCUUAGCCGAGCCGCUGGAAUGAAUCAAGACCCUAUUGCUUAUCGUAUGUUAGCGCUUGUCGUAAAUAGUGGUGCUAUUGAUCUUCGUAUGACGUUUGAAGAGAAGUUGAAUGCUCAAUCGAAACAUGUUAUUUAUGAAGAUCUUUGUGACAUUUACAACGCAGCAAAACAAGAAGCUGUCGUGGGAUAUGGAAAUAUUGUAUAUCGUUUCGCCUUACAUUGUCUUUGGAAAGCGAUUGAAUUGAAUGACCAUAGUUCUGGCCAAUUCCUUUGUCAUCUUUACCCGAAAAUGCAAGAUGAGGAUGUAGUCAAAACCCUUGAACUAUUUGAAAAAGCCGAAGGUCGUGUCCCAAAUAAAAUGAGUUUAUCUUACGCCCAUUUUCUGAAAACUACAAGGAAUUAUCCAACAGCUCUACUCAAGUAUAUCGAAGUUGCGUCCUAUAACGCUAUUAAUGUUAGCAUCGGGUGGAACUCACGUUUGGAAGCUGCUAAAAUGAUUGUAAUGGGGAAGCAAGGGAAAGCUCGUAGCAAAGCGCUCGUAUUUUCAUGGCUUACCAACAUGGUUAACUAUAACGGAAAGAACUUGUUCUUACCUCUUGUAUUUCUAGCAAAAUAUCAUGAUGAAGAGAUUUGUGCUAGUUGUAACAAAGAAUUUGCUGUUUCCUACUAUGAAAGGUGUCUUCAGUAUAAAGCAAAUGAUUUGAAUUUGGAGGUCUCUGCAAGAAUGAGAUUGAUUGAACUCUACUACAACACAUCGGAGGAUGCCAAGCUCGUAGACCAAUUGAAGAAGGCUGAAACAUUACUGCAGUCAUCAAAUAAUAUUAUCGAAAGAAAGUCUAAGUUAGCAAGCUUACUCUACUAUAAAGGUGUUUUGGCACUUCAUAACAGCACAAUAUCUAAUUAUCGAGAGAAGGCCCGGGAAAGCUUGUCUAAAGCAGAACAGCUUGGUCACAUCCUAGCCUGUCUAGAACUGGGCUAUCUCUACGGCACAAUGGAGUCAAAAGAAGAAGCCGCAGAUGAGUGCUUUCAAAAAGUAGAAAGCAGCGUCAAGACACCUAUUUCCUUCAAGAAUCGAAUCAUAGAGUCCAUGGUUCUGAUGCGUACCGAGAAUAUACACAAUUCCAAUGACUACUUAAACGAAAUAAAUAGAAUGAAGCUGGCUGCCGGAGUGACCUAUAGUUACUACAAUAUGGAACGCCAGGCUUUGGAUUGGUUCAAAGAGAUAUCUGAAUUACCUUUGGCGCAAAUUAUGAUUCUCUAUUACAAUAUGAAAGAUCCGCAAAAGAGAACUUCUCAAACUAUUCAACAAAUGUCAGACCUAAUAGCGGGAUUCGAGGCCGCUUUGUCUCUUGACUACUAUAGCCGUAUGAUCCUCAGUUACGGUCAAUUUCGUUUAGGUCAAUGUUACGAAUAUGGGCAUGGCGUUGCUGUAGAUAAUGACAAAGUGCUGAAUCUUUACAGAAAAGCAUGUGCCUUCUUACAGAACAAUAUGACUUAUGAACGCUUAGCAGGAGUGGUUGAAAAACAUGAUGCUGAAUUCGAUUUGUUUCCUACCCUCUAUAAUGCAGCACGUAAUGAUACGGCUGCUACGUAUGAGUUGGGUCGGUAUUAUCACAAGAAGGAAUUAGACAAAAUGAAGGGCAUGUCCUCAAUGGUGGACAUCGAUGUGCCGUGCAAAAGAGCCGCAGAUCAAUACUUAAAGGCAGCGCAACAAAUAAAUCACCCUCAAUCCUGCUAUUACUAUGCCAAAUAUCGUAUCCACCAGCUGCAAAAAUCAAACCAAAUUAAUGCGCUUACGCGGUCAAAGAAAGCAGUUCACUUCUUACGUAUAGCCGCCAAUAAGAACCAUGGACCGUCCUAUUACGAGCUCGGGAAACUUGAAAUGGCGGCAGGUCUAUUUGAAGAAGGUAUUGAAGACUUGAAAGAAGCAGAUUUUCUUCAUUGUGGUGCAGCAAGUUAUGAACUCGGUGAACUCCAUCUAAAAGGAUUCACAGGUGUUAUUCUUGGAAAAGUAACCUAUCGACUACAACAAGAUGCAGCGAAAGCAUUUAAAUACUAUCAGCGAGCGGUCGAUUUUGACUACCCUCUUGCUAUGAUUAAAGUGGGCCACUUUUACGAAACUGGUGACAUUGGUCAUCAAGAUCUUCAACUAGCCAGAAAAUGGUAUUUGCAAGCACUAGAAGCAGGUCGUUGUCCUACAGGAGCUGCGGAGUAUGCUUUAGGUUGCUUAGAAGAAACGGUUGCUGAAUUAGAUUCUAGUACACAAUUAAAACCACAUCGAGAACAAGCCUUUCAGUGGUUUCAAAAAGCUGCAAAAGCCAACAAUUUAUCCGCCAAUUUAAAAAUAGGCAUAUAUCUUCUGCAUGGCUGGGUAAUACAAACAACUCCAGAGAAUGACCUCCAACAAGGUUUACACAUACUGGAGAACGAGAAUGCGAAUGGAAAUGUUUUGGCUAUGAAAGAACUCGCUCACUAUUACGAAGAAAAGGAGAAUUUUCCCAAGGCAUUGAGUUACUGGAGAAAUGCGGAGGUGUUGAAUGAUGUAGAAGCAUUGGAGUUCUUCGCAAAUUGCUUUGAAUUCGGGCUCAUGGGUCACCACAUUGAUUUAGAAGCGUCACAAGAGUACAAAGCACGCGCUUUGGAAGCUCAGAAGCAAGCUUUGGAAACACAGCGUAGUACGAUGGGCUUCAAAUCCGACUAUUCAGAAGAAAGAAGAUAGCAUUUCUUGCUAAGUUUUACUUUUCUGUAUAAACCCUUAUGUAAUAUAUGUAUACUUUUGAAUUUUUUAUGUAUAAAUUGUAUUAUUCCUCUCUUAAUUCUAGCUUAACUUAAUUAUUAUUAUUUCACUAUUUAUGUUCUAUUGUUAUUAUAUGUAUGUAUCUUUAAUGCCCUUGCUUUUUUCGUCCUAAUCUCAUCACAAUCUUAUGCAAUCAAUAAAACUCAAAAACAAGAGAACGACUUUAAUGAAUU